AUGGUACUCGCGCGCUUGGCAACACUUAACGUUGGGACGCUUAUUGGAAGAAGUCGUGAACUGGCAGACAGUCUCAGGAAACGCCGUGUUGACAUAUGUUGUGUACAGGAGACUCGCUGGAAAGGCUCCAAGUCAAGGGAAUUCGGCGACGGCUACAAGCUCAUCUACCACGGCACAUCAAAUCGCAAUGGUGUUGGUAUCAUAUUGAAUGAGUCGUUUAGAAACAGCGUCACAGCAGUGGAUCGACUAUCGGAUCGCCUGAUGGCUGUAAAAGUAGACACAGGAGAAGUGGAAUUGCGAGUCGUCUCUGCUUAUGCGCCACAGGCGGGCUGUAGUGAAGAAGAGAAGGCAAGCUUUUGGGAGGAUCUGGAGCAGUACGUCCAAUCCCUGCAAGGCGAAGAAGUACUUUUAAUCGGAGGAGACUUCAAUGAACUUGUCGGUUCUCGGAAAGACGGAUUCGAGAGUUGUCAUGAUGGAUACGGCUAUGGAGCUCGUAACGACGACGGGUUGCGAAAAAAAAACCUGGAGUAUGCUGUUGCAAGUGACUUGAUCAUUGCUAACACGCAGUAUCGGAAAAGAAAAUCGCAUUUGAUCACGUACACUAGGGGCGGUCGUGAAACACAAAUAGAUUUCUGGAUGUUACGCCGACGAGAUCGCCGACUUCUGCAGGAUUCAAAAGUCAUCCCUACAGACCAUGUCGCUGCCCAACACCAUCUGCUCGCGCAUCAAAUGGUGGAAUCUGAAGGAUCGAAAGGAGGACCGCAGCACUAUAAAUGCUAUCCAUGCUGUCCGAAUCCUCCUGGAGAAACAUCGAGAGAAGAACCGCAGUGUGCAUCUUGCUUUUCUCGAUCUCGAGAAAGCUUCGACCGUGUCCCACAUGAGCUGUUAUGGAUGUCCAUGAGGUCGCAUAGAGUACCAGAAGAAUAUGUGCGGUGGACGAAGCUACUUUAUGCGAAGCCUACCAGCGUUGUACGAUGUGCUGCUGGAACAAGCAGUCCAUUCCCUGUACAAGUAGGGGCUCAUUUGGGUUCAUCCCUCUCACCUCUGCUGUUCAUACUGUGCAUGGACACGAUAACGAAGGAAAUCCAGAAUCAGCAUCCGUGGACUCUACUCUUUGCCGACGAUGUCAUGCUCGAGUCGGAGUCUCGAGAUGAUCUUCAGAAACAAGUACAGUCUUGGAAGGAUCAGCUGCAGCAAUAUGGAUUGCGCCUCAACACAUCAAAAACUGAGUACAUGGAGUGCGGACCAAGGAUAGAGGAUAGUUCAGUUCGUUUCGAUGGCACCGAAUUAAACAAGGUGAACUGUUUCAAGUACCUUGGAUCCAAAGUGACUUGCACAGGCGACAUUGAUCAAGAAGGUCGAGCACGUGUUAAUGCGACAUGGAUGAAAUGGAAAAUGGCAACAGGGGACGGUUGUGCGUCCUGUUGCCCUUUACGGAUGCGAGUGCUGGCCGACGACGAAAGCCUUGGAAAGGGUGCUGCACGCUAUGGAGAUGCGGAUGUUGAGGUGGACGAUAGGUGUAACGCUAAAAGAGAAAGUAUCCAACGACACUGUACGUUCCAUCUUCGGCGUCGUCCCGAUAACUGA